CGCAAGCAGGCGGGGGGCGUGACCGGAAGAAGGUGUAUUUCAAAGUGGUAAUAGAUGGUUUUCUCACCCAAUAAAAUUGCAAUUUAUCCUCCUAAACCGGUAGAGCACGGGAGAAAAGGCGGGAGAGGCCAAUAAGGGCUGAGAAGGGCGGGCCGGUGCCGGACGAGCGGAAGUGGGUCUUCGUGAGGCGGUGGAGGCUUGCUUGAACGGGUCUCCUCAGCGGCGGCUGGAGUCGGUACGUCCUUGCCCGAGCUCAUCAGCCGAGGCGUCUGGCAGCAAACCCCAGCUCCAAAAUUUGGAAAUACUGCACAUCUAGUUGGCUCCAAAUUGUAAACCACAGGAUGAGUAUUCAGUGGGCAUGAGAGAUUGAGAACAUCCUACCACACCAUAAACCUUGGUGUAGAUCACUUCCUUUUCUGUGGAUUGAAGCCAGAGAGCACAAUGAGUACAAGAAAUCCUCAAAGAAAGCGGCGUGGUGGAACUGUGAAUUCUAGACAAACCCAGAAGCGAACUCGGGAAACAACUUCGACCCCUGAGGUUUCCUUGGAAACAGAACCCAUAGAACUUGUGGAAACUGUUGGAGAUGAAAUUGUGGACCUCACCUGUGAAUCUUUAGAGCCCGUGGUUGUGGACCUGACUCACAAUGACUCUGUUGUGAUUGUUGAAGAAAGGAGAAGGCCAAGGAGAAAUGGGAGGAGGUUGCGCCAAGACCAUGCUGACAGCUGUGUGGUGAGCAGUGAUGAUGAGGAGCUGUCUAGGGACAAAGAUGUGUACGUGACUACCCAUACUCCUCGAAGCACCAAGGAUGAUGGAGCUACUGGACCCAGGCCCUCAGGUACCGUCAGUUGUCCUAUCUGUAUGGAUGGAUACUCUGAGAUUGUGCAGAAUGGGCGUCUCAUUGUUUCUACAGAAUGUGGCCACGUCUUCUGUAGCCAGUGCCUCCGUGAUUCCCUUAAGAAUGCUAACACUUGCCCAACUUGUAGGAAAAAGAUCAACCAUAAGCGGUACCACCCCAUUUAUAUAUGAAAUGUUCACAACUGCUCAGGAUAGACCAAUGGACAGACAGCCAGGCUGGCCUUUUCUGCAUGGUAUCUGCCUCCAGUUUCCUGAGCUCAAAAAGACUUUCAAAAAUCAAUGUCUGAUGUAAACUGGUCUUUUGUUUUCCAACCCCUUAGAUCCUUUUGUUAUCUCGUUUGAUGCUAUGGAGCACGGUCCAGGGAUCCUCCUAGAUCAGCUCAGCAUCACUGCCCCUUUGGGUGGUCUGAGCCCAGAGUAGGGAAAAAAGGAGUCGGGCAUAUUGGGGUUGAGCAUCAUGGCUCCAGCCUCUUUAUGGAGCUUACAUGUUGGCCAAGUAGUUUCCCUGUUGGGAAAGUUUGCCCCAGCUCUUGUGUGUGCAGAACCUUCCCAAGGCACCUGUCAGUUAGCUGUUCUGCCUGCCAGACAGUGACCUGGCCAGACAGCCCAAAUAGCCCAAGGAUACCAGUGCAUGAGCUGCCCACGAAAAGCCACGAAAAGGUGGACUUUUAGUUUCCUUCCCACGAGAGCAGAGGUGACCUAUGAUUCCGCCUGAAACUCAUCAUUGGUGUGCAGUGUUUUCUGCAAAUCCAGUGACUCUGCAGGACGAUCCUGUUCCCUAAGAAUGAGAAAGUGCAAUAAAACCCGUUCUUCACCUGCUCUUCAGCAAUCUGGAAGCUGUAGCACUGCUGGUAUCCUCAGCCCAGUGUCGCCUAUGGGAGCAGUGCUCAUCCCACCCCAUGUCUGUUCACCAGCUGUUCUCAGGAACCCUACCCAUGCUCCAAAGUUCUUUUACUGGCACAGAACAUUGAAGGCUAAUAGGACAAGUGUUUGAGUGUCCUCUCUUUAAUGCUAAGAUGGGUCCUGUGUUGUCUACAGUGCCCUCCAACCCUCAGUUUUUCAGUUCCCACUGCCUAAUGUCUGCUCAAGCAUAGUAUAAUAGGAGGUGGUAGCAGUAGCAAUGGCCUUAUCAGCUGUUCACUUACAUGCUUUUGCCCAAGUCACCGUUGCCCAUUUGUCAGAGGUGUUGCCCUACUCAACCUCCACUGCCCUAGCUUUUCCCACACCCCUUGAAUAGAUAGGUAUUUCCAAAGCUGCUUGCUCUUCUAGCCAGUUGAGCUUUGAUCCUCUGGACUUUUGACUGCUCAGUGGGUUUUGGUCAGCAAAGCAUGGUGCCUCUUCCAGUGGGACCACAUAACAAUGUCUGCUCCACCGUAUAUGUGUGGGAGACUCUGGUGCUCACGGAGACAGGUGGAAAAUUGCCCCUGGGGACACCAGGCACAGGGCGGCUUGUAGAGGAUAGGCCUUGAAUGCCAGCCUGCCUCCACCUCCACACUACUUCCUCAGAGGGCUUCAAGCCAAACCAAUAGCCUUUUUGUGUGAAACAUCUUUGAGGUGGGAAAGGGACCACUGGAGCUUUGCUAGCAAUAACUGACUUUCAGUGUAAUGUUCUGAAGGAGCAGGGACUCAGCACAGAAUUCACUUUAAAUGGAGCUGAAGGAGUGGCCCUCCUCUAUGUGAAAAGAAAAUAGUUUUAUUCUUCAUUCUGACUUUCUAGCUGUUUGACUUCAGUUAGUUUGAAUGAGAGUAAUAGGUUUUUUUUUUCUACAUGGACUCAGAGGGUAAGAGCAUUAGCUCUCAUCAUUGUGAUGUGUGUGCUCUCCUCUCCCCCUUGGAUGUCACAGCCAUUGAUUUCUUUGUGGGCCUCAUGGACUUGGUCUUGUUAGUCUAAUGAAAGCCAGACUUCAAAGAGACAAGGCAACCAUGCAGCCAGUUCACCAGUAAAUGUGGUAACACCCACUUAAAAAUUUGUUUUCUCCUCAAGGACGGUGUAUGAAGUUGAUCAUAAAAGUUCUAUUACUUUAUCCUAAAUUAAAUUGAGAAAAAGAUGUGUUCUUCUAAUCAGACACUGCAUUAAUAGGGAAAGAUUGGUAUAGAAAAGAUUUUCUUUCCUUUUUACUUAAUGUAUAUAGUUUAACUCUUUUCUUUGUUACAUUUAAACUAUGCUCAUGGGUAUCAGUCUGUUUUGGACUAGUAUUAAAGAUGGAAAUAAAACAAUUUGAACUAAGUAUCUUUC